AUCAAGAAUGUUGUUUGUGUUGAUAUGUGCAUUCUCUGCCUUUCUCGCUGUUUCAGGAGAUUGCGAUGGAGUUUGCUGGUUUGCAUUCGAUAAUCGAGAUGGUAAAAAAGAUUCUGACAAUUUGAUGUGGGUUAAGACUGACUCAACCCAGCCCACUGGUCUUGUUACUAUAGGGGGUACAUAUCUAACUGAUACCAGCAGUGGCAUGGUCGACACUUUGAGAUUCCAGAACUAUGGAGAUUCAAAGGCUAACUACGAGCCACUUAUAUUCCAGCAUGAGUUUUUAACCGAUAGCAACAAACUCAACAUCUAUGGCAGCAAGAAUGGAAUUUCCACAACUUAUGAGCAAUCUAUAAGUGGUAUAGCUAACACUGGUGAUUUCGAGUUAACAUUUUCAAGUUUAUCGAAGGAUAAAAUUUUUGUGCAAUACAGUGAUGACAAUAAGAGUAAAGCAGCUGUUUUAUUCACUUACAACGACAACUGGAGCAGUUGGGGUCCCUUAUCUGGAACACCCUAUUACGAUACCAACAGAAUAUUUAGUCAAAUGAAACGAACUAAGUACAGAUAUGUUCACAUUUGCAAAACGGAGCAACCAAGCAUGUGUGAUGCUACUCUGGAACCAGAAACGGAACUGGAGGAGGAAGUCUUACUGAAGUGUACUGCUGUUGGACCGGCUACCUUAACUGUCGAGUGGACUGCCAGUGCAAAUAACGAUGCAGUGAAUUCCGCUCUCAACACCAAAACGGACGUCCUACGUGAUAUUGGAUCAGUGAUAGAGUCGACUCUGACAAUAUCCACAUUCUCUCUGGGACAUGUUGCUUCGUACACUUGUAAAGUAUCCAGUUCUUUAAACAGUCUACAAAAAACGCAAAUAUUCAACCUCGCUUAUACAAGAGAAAUCAGAGUUGACCCUGUGGAAGAGCAAAACUACUAUCUCUCCGACACUCAAGAUGCCAGCUUCUCUUUUCAAGUAACCGGCUGGCCCUUAGCUGACGUCACAAUCAUUACACACUACGACAAGAAGGAGGACCAGGGUACAGAUGAUGAAAACGAUAAUGACACCGAGAAAGAUGGCGAUACAAAUAAUGAUGUGGAUGACAACAACAACAAUAUUGAUGAAGGAGAUGAGUUGUUCACCCUAACCAGAUCUGAGGAAUACACUGCUGUACCUCCUAGAGUAACGUUCAAGGUUCAGUUUAAUAAGCAGAUUCCUGGGGACCAGUUUGCAUUCUAUUUCAUUGAUAACACCGGCGGGUUCAACAAGACUGUCAGAACUUACAACGUUUACAAAGUGGGAGUGGCUUGUAAGGAAGGAGAGUAUGGUGUAGGAACGCAGUGUAAAGCUUGCGGAGUAGAUGAGACAUCACCUCCUAAAUCAAAUGACAUAUCUGAUUGUGUCAAAGCUACCAGUAACUGUAAAGCUGGUUACUACGGAGUUAAUGAUGACUGUACAAAAUGUCCUGAAGGAGAAACGAGCAGUGAUAAGACACUGAGUCUCAGCAGCUGUAUAGAUGAUCCUAAUUAUCAGGAAAACACCGGUGACGACAAAAGUGGUUCCAAUACAGGUGCAAUAGUGGGGGGUGUAAUAGGAGGAGUAUUACUAUUACUGAUUCUACUAGCUGUACUCUAUUACUGUGUCUGUAUGAAGGGUGCUGCCAAGAAAGCUGUUAGUGUAGAAUCUCGUCAUGUUGAGCCAAGAGGUUUGGAGCGUCGAGGUACUGUUACUGUCAAUAAAAGUGCAGACGAUCUGGAUUUAGAAACCUCUAAAAAGAUUGACGAGGAUUCUGGGACUGAAGAGGAAAAUAAUCUCUACGACAAUAGGAACCUACAAAGCUUCAGGAAGCGCACACAAAAAUCUAAACAAAAGAAUUCUACCAUCGACCAACACCUGGACAAUAUAGACAGCGACAUCAAGACACUGGCGGAUAUACAAAUUGAAGAUGAAGAGCCAGCCUACGCUGAGUUGGACCAGGACCAUUACAGAAAAGUGAAGGAAGAGAAGGAGGAAAAGAGGAGGACUCUAGGGUAUCCGUCAGAGAGGAGGAAAAGUGUCGGACCAGUAGAACCUGCGGAACCUACUUAUGCGGAGGCUCAAGACGUUGAAGUUAGGCGACCGACAGCAAAUUAAAAUAAAUAUGAUUAUCUCCACUCUCCAGUAGCUUACUGGAAAUCCUUAUCCUGAGUCGAUUAUAGUCUAUCAAAUUACAA